ACAGGGAAGGUGGGACUAAAGCUCCGUGAUAUGGAGAACCCAGAAGAUGAAUUGGCACACUCCCUGAAACUGGGAAUAAUUGAUGGUUGCAAACAAGCAUGUCUAUGAUCCCACAAAGGCAACCUAUACAUGUACAUGGAAAGACUAGCCUCGUGUGCGCUGUGGCUAAUUAAGUACACGUACCGCUGGGUUAACGGUGGAUAAAUACACUCUAAAGGUGGACCCAAAAAGGUGAAGAGUGCCUCAGGCUAUAAUGGUGUCUAUUGUACCCAAGAUUGGAUGAAAUCCUUGAGCCCACGCGACCUGAGUUAUUAUGGGUGAAUACGAGUGCUUCAGGGUACCCUUACCUUUGCAGAGUUUGUUGUUCUUAGUUUUCUGUUCAAUCAGCGGUGAUAUUCCGGUGCCCACGUGAGCUUCCCGUGAGUGACACUUUUGGGGAACUUUGGCGGUCACCGAAUUUAGAUAAACAUCCUUUUGUGAUCGGUCCAGGAGUAAUCCCCCUGGCCCAUUGCCCAUUCAUAUGCAAAUGAACUCACGCGACAGGACGCUACAAGACUUUAAUGAGCUUCGUGUUCUAUUCAGGACCGCACGAGCCGUAUCGUAGAGGGGUGCAGGGUUUUCAAUGAAGGGGUACAUGUGGGUGGGACUUAUUUCGGUGGGGAUCGACAUCAAACUAUAUAGGCACUGAGUUACCCCUCGUGGGCCAAACUGACUCCCGUACAACCGUUAGUAGACCUGACUCAGCCUCUCACCAACUUUUUCCAAAAACUUUAUCGCGAGUCUGAUUUUUUUUGGGUGAAAUUUGAUCAGUUUUUGAGAAAACUCCUCCGAAAACAUUUGGACGCCCAAAAAAUCGGAACAGCAUGGAAAACUCGCAGAAAAUUCUUCAGCAGGCGGUACAGCAGCUGGUUAGCGAAGUCAACUCGACGCUCCCCAAGCGAGUCACAAAGAGGCGGCUAGACCGGUCAGACCCGUCCCAGCCGGAGCUCGUGCGAUGCAAGCGGCGAAUUCACUUCAACUAUUUGCAGCAAACUCCACCGGUGGCCGUGGCUCGCCGCAACGAGAGGGAGAGGAACCGAGUCAAGCUGGUCAACCUGGGAUUCGCCAGUCUCCGUCAGCAGCUGCCAAACGGCGCGGCCAAUAAGAAGAUGAGCAAAGUGGAGACGCUCCGCUCUGCCGUGGACUAUAUCAAGCAGCUGCAGGAACUCUUGGACGAGACUGACGCCGUCAACGCCGUCUUCAACGGCUCGCUCUCGCCGACCUGCUCGCUGACGAGUAGUUCUCCGUCACCCAGCUAUUCCCCGGAUUCCUCGGGAAGUGAGGUGCUCACGCCGGAGGAGGAGGAACUUGUCAAUUUCACAGACUGGUUUACGACGGCUUGAUCUUGCUGAACAACGCCCUGAUGUAAAUGUUUAUAAAGGAGAGGGCGUGGCCGGCUGGAGAUGUGACCAAUGACAUCCCUCGACGUGUCUGCGUCAGGCGCACCGGUCUGCCAAUCAAAAAGGGGGGACCGAGUAAAGGGGGCGACCGUCGAGGACACACGCCAACCGAACCCCUAAAAAGAACAAAAUCCUUGCACCGUACGGGAAACGGCCGCUACGAACAAAGAAAAAUCCACCGGGAGCGCGUGGAGUGAAUCACGGGGCCAGCCCGGUGCAAUGCACCGCUCAUGAUUGUGCUGGUAUCAACGGGCAGGCACGGCGGACGGAGCUUCAGAUAUUGACAUGUAUUCAGCGGGCCACUUCUUCUAGAAAAGAUAGGCUCAAUUUUUAAAAGUAAGAUCUUCCAAAGGGACUUCUUUAGCAUUGCUUUCUUCAGCUCCUUCGUCGGUGUCUCUCGUUUCUGCCGAACUUUUUCUGUAAUUAUAGUUUUCAAGAAUGUAGAAUUGCAAAAUCAAGGGACCAAACAUUUGGACAAACUUUCUUACAUAAUUUAGCGUUGUUUGACGAGUUUACUAAAAUGAUUCAAAUUCCACACAAUCUCAAAUUGUUAACUAUUACGUCUGCUCGAUUAGUUAAUUCUACUUCUUGUAAAAAAAAUGGGAUAAUUUAUAAAGUGCCUGUUACUUAUCUUGCGUUCUUUGCGUGCCUUCCAAUAUCUGUAAAUAUCAUAAAAGUUGUAUAAAUAUUAUUUUGUACAGAGAGAGCUUCAUACUUGUAAAAGAAAAGUCAUAAUUGUAUUGUUUUAUUUGUAUCGGAAAUCAAAAAAAGUUUCUGAUUUGACCACGCUCGGAGAAAUUCAUGGUCGCGUUAGCCGCUGUAUCAGCAUUUUAGUCGGUUGUAGAGUAAUCGUAUUGAGCAUUUGCAUUUUUUUGUUAAAAAAAUUGCUUUACAUGAAAUAUUUUUCUAUAUUACAUAAUAUAUUCAUAAUU